UUGCAGUGUUCUAGGAGUGCACUAGAAAGUGUUGUUUUUUUGUUGGGUUGAUUCCAGAAAGUACAGCAGUAAUUAUGUUCAAAAUUUGUGCUUUGGUUGCCUGCGUGCUUAUCGUAGUGUCUGCUGAAUACUACGAAGUGGAACAUGAGGAAUACGAAGCCUACCCGAAGUACAAGUUUGAAUAUGGUGUAAAGGAUCCCCAUACAGGAGAUCACAAGAGCCAGUGGGAGCAUCGGGACGGAGAGGUUGUUGUCGGUUCGUACUCCGUAGACGAGGCUGACGGUACUCAUCGGGUUGUGACGUACAACUCCGAUGAUCACAACGGAUUCCAGGCGCAUGUGCAACGGGUUGGUCAUGCUCAGCAUCCGCACGGGGAAAGUUAUUCGAAUAUUGAACAGGAUCAUUAGAAUAAGCAACCAAUAGAACU